AUGUUACUCGUUGACGUUGGGAUCGUGAUGGAGGAGUUUGCCUGGCCAAUAGCAACGUUCUUGUUUGCCGAAGUGUCCAGCGAGUCUUCCAAUGGGUCUUCGAGAGUUUUCCUGGAAGUGUACGAAGAAGAAGAAGAGUUUUCGCUCUUAUUCUCUGCCUCAACUAUCGUGACUUUCUUUUCAGGUUGUGCGGUCAAAUUGUCGCCAAAGCGUUCCUUUUUGAUCAGACUAAAACUCUUUUCGAGCUCAACAACGUCAUCUUUCAGCAGCAGAUCCACAAGCUCGACAGCGUUUUGCGUACGUCUGAAAAGUCCGAAACGACUAAGAAGUUGUGUCAAUGGAGGUAAAACACCAAUUCUGGACAAUACAACGAGCAAGAAAACACCCAAGAGAGUCAUCAACACGUUCUCGAAUGCUCUUAAAACCAAUUUGGCCAAUGGUGUGGACUUGGUAGUGGUUGAAGGCAAAGUAGCAAACUCAUACUGCGACGGUGGAUCGAUGGAUAAGUAG